CACAUUUCUUUUUCUUUUCUUUUUUUUUAAAAGAAAAAGAAGAGAAUAAUAAUGUUUGAUUCUAUUAGUGACUAUUGUCGGUCAAAGCUCCCUUCUACAAAGGGAAGAGGCAAUGCAGAAGAGGUUCGAGGAUUGCUUGAUGAUCAGAAUAUAGCAUCGCUUGUCACUUAUGCAGAACAAAAUGACAAAUACAGCUUGGUGUAUUGGAUCUUCUUCCUGUACGGCAUCGCCAUGCUUUUGCCAUGGAAUGUCUUCAUCACUGCAUCCGAGUAUUUUGCCAAACGGUUUGAAGGUUCUGGGUACGAGGGUACAUUUCAAAACUACUUCUCCACUAGUUUCACAAUAGCAAAUCUCGUAUGUUUUGCCAUGCUUUUGUGGAAGCAAAGCAAGUCUACUGCUUUCUAUGUGGAUCUUGUAUCAUCAGUGGUAGUGAAUGUGAUUGUAUUUGGUGUCAUGGCUAUUACCGUAGAGACUGAUGUGGGUGGAUCAGAGUAUUUCUGGUGUACACUCGUAAUGUUAGUUGUCACUGGUGUAUCCACCAGUUUCUUCCAAGUAUCUGUGUUUGCUGAGGCUAGUCGGUUUCCAUCAGAGUAUAUGCAGGCUGUGAUGAGUGGUCAAGGUGUUGCUGGUGUUGCUGUUGCAGUAUCAUCUAUUUUGAGUGCAUUGGCGGGAUCUACAAAUAGCCCACCCGAUGAAGCAGCCAUCGCAAGAUCCGCGUUUCUGUACUUCAUGACAGCUCUCCUUAUCACUGUGGCUGCAUUGAUUGGCCGGUUUGUGGUUGCUAGACAGCCGUUUUAUCUGCGCCAUAUUACAUUCGAGACUGUGCCGGCAUCUGCCUCGGAUGUUAGUUCUGAAGAUGAUGUGGAGAGCUCAAGCCAGUUGUUUGCCACCGAGUCACUUUCUGUAUCUAGAGUGUUUUGCAAGUCGGCUGGUCUGAUCUUUGCUGUUGGAUAUGUGUUCUUUAUCACUCUUGCCCUUUUCCCGUCAAUUACCGCCCUUAUCAAGUCUGUCCACCAAAUUGAGGUUCCCCUUAGAUCCAUGACUGGCCGCAACCGAUUUUUUGAUGAUGACAUCUUUGUUGCCUUUCAUUUUUUGCUCUUCAAUGUCGGUGACUGGGUUGGUCGCACCAUGCCAAUCAUCCAGGCUUUCCGGACAUUUGAUACCCGGGCAUUGACCUUCAUGUCGUUGGCGCGUACCAUAUUCGUCCCGGCCUUUUUAAUCUGCAACGUGGUUGUUCCGGACGACCGGAAAUUAUCCGUGUGGGUUAAUAGUGACAUAGCCUACUUUAUUAUUGUCUGGUUAUUUGCAGUUACAAACGGUUGGAUUGGCAGUCUGACGAUGAUGGCUGCUCCCCAGCAGACUUUUCUCAAGAGUGCGGCCGAAAAGUCUUUGAUCGGAAGUCUGAUGAGUUUCUUUUUGGUACUUGGGUUAGCCAUCGGUGGCGCUGCAAGCUUCAUCUUGAGAGCAAUGGUUUAGAAUAAAUAAAUUUGUAAUUAAAAUAAUUUUAUUGAAAAUAAUCAUUUCCAAUUGAACUGACUUGUGAAAGAAAAGGCAAUCAAGGACAGUUCAUUGGAGAAAAGUUAUAUAUAUAUAUAAGAGUAAAUGACGGAUGUUUAUUUUAUUUUAUUUUGUUUUAUUCUCUUUGGCUUUAAUAAGAAACAAAUAGGUUCUAUAGACCGUUGCUCUU